AUGAUCGCUAUUGGAGGUACCAUCGGAACUGGUUUGUUCAUCUCGACCGGAGGCACUUUGAGCCAGGCAGGCCCAGUAUCGUCAGUGAUCUCGUUCUUGUUCAUGACCACGUUGGCGUUCUCCGUCACCCAGGCGUUGGGAGAGAUGGCCACGUUGAUUCCUGUGGCAGGCUCGUUUGCACAGUUUGUCACUCGUUGGUGCUCGCCUGCAUUGGGUGCAGCAAAUGGAUGGAACUACUGGUUCUCGUGGGCCAUCACCUACGCAUUGGAGUUGUCGGUAGUGGGCCAGGUCAUUGGCAAGUGGACGGAUGCUGUGCCGUUGGCGGCAUGGAUCUCGAUUUUUUUCGUGCUUUUGACACUUUCCAACCUUUUCCCCGUCAAGUACUACGGAGAAAUCGAAUUCUGGAUCGCCACCUUGAAGGUGGUGGCUGUUGUCGGUUGGUUGUUGUACGCGUUCAUCAUGGUGUGUGGAGCUGGCAAAACUGGCCCUGUUGGCUUCAGAUACUGGAGAAACCCAGGUCCUUGGGGCCCAGGUAUUCUCGUGGAAAACGUCAACACUGGACGUUUCCUCGGUUGGUUAGCCUCGUUGAUCUCCGCUGCCUUCACCUUCCAGGGCUGUGAGUUGGUGGGUAUCUCCGCUGGUGAGUCCAAAAACCCCCACAAAACGGUCCCUUCUGCCAUCAGAAAGGUGUUGUUCAGAAUCUUGGUGUUCUACGUCGCCUGUAUGCUUUUCAUCGGAUUGUUGGUUCCUUUCGACGACCCAGCCUUGAACCCAGGUGAUGGAGCCGCUUACACUGCCAACUCUCCCUUCAUCAUUGCCAUGAACAAUUCCGGAACCAAAAUCUUGCCAGACAUCUUUAACGCCGUCAUUUUGGUCACCAUCAUCUCUGCUGGUAACUCUAACGUCUACUGUGGCUCGCGUAUCUUGUUUGGUUUGGCCCAGGCCGGCGUGGCACCAAAAUUCUUCCAGAAGACCUCCAAGCACGGUGUGCCAUGGGUUGCUGUGCUCUUCACCUCUGCCUUUGGAGCCCUUGGUUACUUGGCCACCUCCAGUGACGGUAAUGAGGCCUUUGGCUGGUUAUUGAACAUCACUGCCACUUCUGGUUUGAUCGCAUGGGGAUGGAUCUCGUUCACCCACAUUAGAUUCAUGAACAUCUUGAAGUCCAGAAACAUCAGCAGAGACUCGUUGCCAUUCAAGGCCAAGUUCAUGCCUUAUGCCUCCUACUACGCUGCCGUUGCCGUGUUCAUCAUCACCUUCAUCCAGGGUUUCCAAGCAUUCUGGGAUAUCGAUGCAACCAAGUUCUUCACCUCUUAUGUCUCGUUGAUUUUGUUUGCCGUCUGCUGGAUCGGAUUCCACUUCUACUUCAAUGGCUUUAACAUCCGUUCCUGGUCCUACAGCAGCUUCUUGGUCCCCUUGGAAGAGUGUGACAUCGACACUGGGGUCAGAGAAAUCGACGAUGAAGAUUGGGAAGAAGACGAGCCAAAGAACGCAUGGCAAAAGUUCUGGGCUAUCAUCAGUUAG